UAGGGGAAGGGAUGAGGGAUGUUUACGGGGUGGGCAGUUAUGUUCGUAGAGUUGAGAUUUGAGAAUGGCUGGAAAAGGGAAAGGAAAUGUCAGAAUUGAAAAUGAAAUCGAGAAGAGUAGAGAGGAAUCUGAUUGGAAAAGGCUCAUAGAGCUUGCGGAGCAGCUGAAAGCAAGAUCACCUAAUCAUGACUGCCUUGCAAACUUCCUUAUUGGUGAGGGAAAGCUGGAAUCCUUUCUGGAGGAUGUACCUCCUGUUGAGGCUAAUGUUGCCAAGGCAAGAUUUGGUCUUAUUGAAGUGAAACGGUUUUUAAAUGUGGCCGUCACCAAACAGCCAGAUGAAUCUCUUGAUGCAAACCUUCUUCUUGGGAAGCUUAAUUAUGCUAUGGGUUACUAUGAUGCCGCUCUUCAACAUUACAAUGCUGCAAAACUACAAUCGUUGGGGGAAAAGCCCCUUGCAUUACGUAGUCUAAGAAUAGUCGCAGAAUCUUUUGCAAUUAAAGGAAUGUGUCUUGAAAAAGUUCCCCCAUCUUCAUCAUCAAAAUUCAAGCAGGCUGAAUGGGAAGAACAAAUGCUUCAGUGUUAUCAAACUGGUGGAGAUCUUGCCCUCUUGUACCUUCAAGAUGCAGAUAAACUUAACCAAUUGGGUACCAUGACUACAAGUGGUUCUCAUUCACCACAACCGCCCAAUCCUCAAAAGCAAAUUGGUCCCAUUCUAGAGAAUGCAAUUCAACGGUCUCCCUUACUCUACAUCAAAGCAGGAAAAGUGCAACUGGCUGUUAAUCGUUACAGAGCCAUAUUAGGUGCAGUAGAAUCAAGUUUCACACAAGCUUUACGACUAGUCCUCACACGACGACUAGCAGAAGUUAUCCUCCGAGGUGUUAGUCCUGCUGAAUACCCAUGUCCUGUGAACACAUCAGAACCAAGCUACAGGAGGGGUCAUCCAUCUGCAAGUAAAACUGACAGCCCAUGGAAACCUAAAAAGUAUGGGGGACACAAUCUGUUUGUUCCAAGAAAUGAAAAUGAAGAAAUAAUCUUACUUCUGUUGAUAAGUGAGUCUAUGGCUGUGAGAGAAGCAGUUUUGAGUCAGUCUGCUGAGUUUAAAGAAGCACGAAUUAGAGCUUAUAGCAAUGCAUCUGCAGUUUAUGACCUUCUCACAGUUGCUUUAGUCCGUUGGGGUCAAGUAGAUCUACUUACAGAGUCUUUUGAGAGAGCUAUGAAGUUUUCUGCCAAUGAACCUUUAGCAUGGCUACAGCAUGGGUUGUGUUUGAUUACUUCUGGCAAACAUGCACACGGACUUUCAGUGCUCCGUGAAGCAACAAAUCAAGAUCCCUCAAGUGUAAGCCCCUGUCUUGUUGCUGCCCGAGCGUGCUAUGAACAUCUGAAUUUAGUGUCUGAAGGUUUAGAUUGGAGUCAGAAAGCUUUGGAAAGAGAACUCACAAGACCUCAGCACUUAGAAUCACGAUGUUACUUGUAUUUUGGCGUAGGCUACAGCUUGCAGGCUGCAAAUACUCACUUACGGAAAGAGAAAGAAGAACUUAACAGCAAAGCACUACAGUCAUUUGCUAGGGCUCUUCACAUUGAUCCGAAUGAUCAUUUAUGUGAAUAUUACUUGGCUUUCCAAAAGGCAAAUGGGUGUAAAGUUCAGGAAGCAAUACGGCAUGUUAAGUCUGCGUUGCAACUGAGAGCAGACCAUGUACCAUCACUUCAUCUUUUGGUCUUGCUUUUGUCAGCACAAAAACAGCAUCAGGAAGCUCUUACAUUGGCACAAGCUGUGUUGGAAGAGUACCCUGAUAACUUAAACAUAAUGUAUGUCAAAGCACACCUUGAACUGGAAGUUCUUGGUGGUGAGGCUGCUCUUUUAACAGGCAAGAAAAUGUUGGCUGUGUGGAAGAAUUUGUAUGAGGAUCAAACAUCAAAUGAGUCACUGGAGCAGUCAGACAGACGGAGUGAAACACGUAGUGUAUUCAAUCUCUAUCCAUCUGGCAUGUCUGAUAAAGAUUCAAGUUCUCUUCAUGCUCAUUCCCUAGCAGCAUCUCGGGUUGAGCAGGCCUUGUCAGAAGUAGCAUCUACACUGAGUACUUUUACUCCACGUCCUGGACCUCACCGUUCAUGGAUGCUUCAACUUCAUAUUUGGCUCCUCUUGGCAGAAAUUUAUCUAUCAAUGGAUCAGCCAAGUUCAGCUAUACUUUGCAUUCAAGAAGCUACAAACAUAUUUGCUCUCUCUCACCAUAUCAUGUACACUAGAGGUCUUCUUCAUGAACACAAACAAGAAUUUGUUGAGGCCAAACUGUGUUAUCAAAGUGCUCUAGCUGUUCACCCUACUCAUAUCAAGAGCAUGCAGCAUUUGGGACUAAUUUAUCACUACCUUGGAAGCCAUCGUAUUGCAGAGAAAACACUACGUGAUGCUGCUCGUAUUGAUCCAACUUCCCAUCUUACAUGGUAUAAUUUGGGAAAGGUGCUUGAAUCUCUUGAAGAGUUUGAUGCAGCAACUGACUGUAUGGCCACAGCUCUAGAAACAGAAACAACCAGCCCAAUUUUGCCGUAUUCUACAAUUCCUCUUACUUUUGACUGAGAACCACUCAGUCAGCAAUGUGUGAGUAAAUCCCCAAAAGGUUAAUUUUACCCUCUUUUGAAAUGGAUGUCAAAUGCUUAAAACACCUAAUUUAAAUCCCUUCAUACAAUGAAAAUGAUCAGGGGCUGGAAAGAGCGGAGUUUGCAAAGUACUGUAGGUUCAAAUAAAGGAGAUGAUACCAUUUACGUUUUUUUUGGGCUCACUUAAAACAGUCUUGUUAUUAUAUUUUCUUUAUUCUAGUCAUUGACAAUUAUGAAUUAUGUGCAGCUCAUUCAUUGGUUCCUGUUGUUUUGUUUUCGAAUAAGUAACCUUACCGUAAUUUUGGUGUAAGCAAAUUGAUUUCAGUUACACAUCUACAUUAAGUCUGCAUUUCCUGUUAAAUUUUUAUUUUAUUAACUCCUUCACAGCUUUAAACAUGGUCAGAGCUUUCACACUAUUUAAAUAUUUUGACUCUAUUGUGGCUCAGUCUCUUUUUCACUCUUCCAACUACAUCUUACAUCUAUAGUCUUUUUAAACCCAAUCUAUGUUGAGGGUAAGAAUUUUGCCCAACCGUAAAUUUCCAAUUUCAGGAGAUGUGCUUGUCAGUUUUAUCACUAAUGCCCUCUCCAUUCCCUAUCCCAACUUUAGUUAGUGUUUUUGAUAAAAAAUAUGCUUUUUUGUCAGCAGUACAGUAUCUAAUUAAACUCUGCAUUAAUCAUUGACAAAAUUCUAAUUUUUGAGACUGUUUGCACACUAGGUGUACAUUCCUUCUAUUUUUUUUUUUUUAGUCAGGUGCUUAUUAACACAUUCCUUAUCUGCGUUGUGUUUUAUUUUUUUACUUCAAAAUUAAUUCUUGGGAAAAAUGUUAUUUUUAACUUAAUCAACCUGACUACCUACUGUUACUAUGUAUUCUACCAGUAGAUAGUAAUGGAACUGAAGAUAAUUGAUGUGUGGGUGAUUGAUUAUUUAUAUCAUUCUGUGCCCUGUUCAAGGGCUUUAUAUUUUAUUUUAUCUAUCUUUUUAUGACAUACAUACUUGAUCCAGUUGUCAGUUGCCAUCAUGAUUAACAAAUCAACAGCUCCCUCCUAGGGAAUGCAUUAUAUACAGUAUGUCUCUGAAAGAUACUGUCUGUUUUGAGCUUUUCCACAGACCGUUUUCAACAGAUGAUCUACAGUCAAUAAAACAUAAAAUCAAUUGUUUCAAUGGCUGAAUUAUGCAAAUGCCGGCUCAAACAGUCAUCUGAAACCAUUAAUGUACUAUAUUUCAAUCCGAUUUUGUUCCUUCAUAGCUGCCAAAGAUGUGCUUCAAGAAAGCUCAAAACAUAUAAUGUCUUUUAGAGGCGCACUGCACAUAAUGUAUCUUUUAGAGACCUGCCAUACAUAAUGUAUUUUUUUGAAGGGAGCCGACGAAAUAGUAAUAUGUUUUAUACAUUCCUAGAUUUUUCAAGCAUUCUCUUGUGCUGCUUUACUAAAAAUUCUAAUUUUUAUGGUGGUCUGAUAAACAACUAUGAAAAGCCUUGGUUUAAAAAAAAUCAUAUUGAUCAAAGUUUUAUCUCUAUAUAGAGUUCUGUUUGUGAAAACUGUUUACCUCUUUACAUUGUCACAUGAUUGUUUCACAUGUGACUAUACAUUUUUUAAAGUAAGUGCAAACAUUGAUACUCUCAUGUCAUGACAGUUUCUUUAGAGUAAGAAUUGUUUAUACCUCAUCAAAAAGAGUUAGUCAAUGUUAUUUGUAACUUUUUCACCUGUCAUGCACUAGCACCAGCUUAAAAAGGUUAAACUCAGUGGUCUUUUCAUUUUUUUAGCGUUCAUGUCCCCAGUCAUCUGUGUUUCAUGUUGCCCUGUUUCUGUCUAGAUUCUUGAUUAUAUAUAUUUUUUUUUGUAUUUUGCUUGUAGUUUACUCUAUCAGUUCUCACAACACAUGGAUUUGAUGUUCUAUAUUUUACUGAGACUAUGCAACAUAGUUUUCAGGUAGCCUUUAUGUUUUUGCCAGCAUAGUGUUGUAGGUUUCCCUAUUUCCAAAUGUGGACUGAGUAGUAUAUCACAACUAAUUAUUCCUUGUGACAAUACCAUCUUUGAUUCUCUUUCCUAGAAAGACAUAAUGAAAACAUCUUUGACAAUUGUUGAUGCCCCUAGAGCAAGUGUUAAGUUUUAUCCCUAAUUGUAGGAAACAUUUACAAAUAUAUCCAACAAAGAUUGUUGUCUGUUAGACGUUUGGUAGGUAAACCUAAAACAGAAUAACUGAUCCUCAUUGGAAGGGAAGAUGACCUUCCUUUGCUUUAAACGGGAGAAAUGAUGGAUGGUUGUAAGAGAACCUUCAACUUCUGAUAUUUUUUAAGUUAUCCUAGUUGGGGUUUUCAAAUGAUGUUCCAUUAGUACUGGAGUUGAUUGUAAAAAUUAUAAUGUAAAGGAAAAAUGUUUGUUAAUUGUAUUAUACUGUUAAAAUGUUGUGGUAUAUCUAGUUAUCAAAUGAAAGUUGUAAUUAUUCUCACUCUAGUAGUGCUCAGAAAUGUCAAGUUUUGAUGGCAUUUCUAAUUUAUUUGCUAGCUUUGGCAUAAAUUUCAAACAAGUUUAGAACUGCUUUUAUAAGUACCUACUCUCCUUCCCAGAAAGUACUAUUUGACUCACUGCUUAGCUAUAGAAGUAUUGAGUCUUGCAUAGCCUUCUAAAUUUGAUGGACUGUACAGUGUCGUGUUAGGGCUACGACACAGCAGUAAGUAUGGGCUUUUGCGUACUCGCUCCCCCCGUAAGGCGCCAUGGCCCGUGGAGUAGGCAAACCCACGGCGCUGCUGUUUCUUAGCCCUGACUCACGGUACGUGCAAAAAACGACGGUCCACUUGUAUAAAAUUACCAAUAUUUCCCUAACUGUAAGGAAGGAUGCUGUACUUCCUUUCUAAAUUCUUUUAAUCCUAUAUUUUUCUAUGAUUUUGGUUCCUUCUUGCAGAAUGGACUACAAAGUGUGUAGAAGUAGAUUGUUAGCCCAUUGCUUUUGUGCCUUCCCAUCUUAUUUCAAACAUAAGGUUGAACUGGAGGAGAUAGUUUUUCAUUUCCUUACAGUGCCAUAACAUGUCAGGAAUAACAUAGCUUUUGACAUGACCUAGUUAUUUUUAUUAUUACUUUUCAUGUCAAAAUAGCCCUUAAUAUCACAGUAUUAUUAAUAUUUAGUUGGGAAAUAUGUAUUUUCCAGCUAAGUACAAAAGGAGGGCAUUUCCAAAAAUGUGGUUGAACCCCCCCCCCCCCCCCCCCCCCCUCAUUUUCUCCUUUACUUUUUGGACUCUCUAUUCCGUGUCAUUUAUUUGCCAAUUCUGAACAUGUCCCAUGUCUUUACACAUUUUUACUGUGACGUGAUAGUUAGCGGAAUUUAUGGAACUUGUAGAAUAAUGACUGUCUGGUUACUUUUUUGUAUAUUUUGUUGCUCAAUUUUAAAAUGAGUUUUUUGCUUUUGUUGUGUUUUUAUUAUGAUGCUUGUAGUUUUUUCCACAGGGAUGAAAGGUGCACCCUUAUUGUAAUGGUGGUUGGGUGUAAACAAGAAAUUUUCCUGUUUUUGUUUGUUGGUGAAAUUACUUAAAAUUAAUCAAUUUUUAUCCCAUAUUGUUUUCAAUUUUUAGUUUUGACAGAUUCAACUGUGAUGUAGAUCAAUUUAUGCAAUACCGUAUUCAAGUUGGAAUUUCCACCAAACUUGUGUUCUGUACAAAUGAUUUAUAACUGUCAUGUCUGAGGGAACAUAGCCGUGUUUCCCUCAUCAAGUGACUUCGUGUUGUAUUUGUGUUAAUUCUUGUAUGAGUGUGGGUGUUUAUCUUAAACUUUUCAAUAAAGUUAUUGUCGUUACCCUG